AUGACAUCAAAAGAAAGUGGGUACUCAUGUCAGUAUUAUAAACAAUCAGUAACAGGAGAACUUACGCAAUUCUGCUGCUGUUUCGGAAAAAGCUGUUAUCAAUCGAUAAAUCGCUUAGAAUCUGAGCAACAUUCACUACGUCACUUGGCCGUGGAUCCAAUAACUGCUGUUUUCUUUGUAUUUACGUUCCUUAUCAAUAUUUUAACAAUGAAAUUGUUUCAUAACGAUUUAGCAAACGCUGUUGUAUUAAUCUAUCAGAUGUAUUCCGGUAUAACAUCAUUUAAACUUCUACAAUCAGAACACACGUUGCUACAAAAUAUGGAAGAAAAAAUUAUCUCGUGGAAAACACAUACGCUAAUCACCACGAAAAUGAUAACGCUUUUAACGCAAUCAAGGAAGAACAAACAAAAUGUUAAUGAUGAUGCUAAGUUUGGACAUAAAAAGCUAGAAAUGAAUGAGAGUUGUCAGGAAGGAAAGCAAUAUAUGGAAAGUCAGGCGCUGACAGAACAUUAUUGUAGAAGUGAGCGACUGCUUCGACAGGUUGCUUCAUUACUGGCAUGCUUCAAUCAUAGGUAG